AUGGCGUUUACUCCGGAACGUGGAGCAUUAAUCGUUGACUCUCAGUAUGAAAAUGAAGAUCAACAAUUUUUGGAGGAAAUCCAUCUCUCGAAAAGUAACUGUAACGGUGCAGACAGUGGUUCUAUUAACGGCGAUUACGGUAGCAGUAGUGGAUUCUACAAUCCGGAUCAUUCACAGCAAUCGGUCAAGACAUAUGCACGAUUACGAACAGUCAAAACUGAACCAAUAGAUUAUGAUGAACAAACUUGUUCAGAAAAUGGCCGAUCGGCUCAAAGUUUUGGAGAGGAUACUGCAUCCAUUAGUGAAACAAGUCAAGCGGAUUAUUCUGCCAGUAACCGUUAUGUAGGGCAUUCUCCACGAACCAGAGGCUAUGAUAUGAUGAACUACAGUACUGUGGAAUGCGCUAAUCAAAAUGGUGAAGGUGCAUUGGGAUUGAGUACCAACCGAGUGGUACAGGAACCAGGUCCUAUAGGAGAUGAUAUUGAGGAAAGACACGAUAACAAUGGCUUGCAGAGUCCACCAUGCUCUGUUGAUUGGCGGCAUCCACGAGUGAGAGAUGUCUUACGUGACUACAGAAAUCAGAAAAUUAACUCACGUGAAGGUGCAGAACUGAUCAAAAAAAUAACGGGUAGUCCAGUAUCUACAACAACAGUGAGAGUGAAAAGCCGAAUGCUGGAUGAAUUGGACGCACAGUGCGUAGAAAACAGUGUUGAAUCGAGGUGUGGUUGUGAAAUUGGUGGUGACGGUACAGAUACUAAUCAAUCAUUGCGAGAAAAUGGAAGAAUCAAAUUUUUGGCGAACAAUGUGAAUAAAGCUCUAAUUCCUGGUGUCAAUGCUCCGAUUGUAGCUCCGCCAAAUUCUCCUUACUAUCUUUCAUUUUCACGCCGCUUCAAGCAAACUUCAUUAACAGUACCUCUCAAUCCGGAUGAGAUUCCAGGUGAAAUUGCACGUAUAAAAAUGGUAGAUGGCGUUGUUGUUAGCCAAUUGUAUCCUGUACAUCAUGAACGUUGUAAACCAAUAAGACUAGUGGAAGCCAGAGCGAAAGAAAUUGAACGACGUUGCCGAAAAGAUAUAAUCAUGGGAAUGAAUCCGAAAGAAGCUUGGAAAAAGGGACGAAAAGCAGCUAUUUCGGAAGCAACGGCAGCUGGUUUUCCUGUGUAUGGUCCUGGCUCUAUUUUAUCUGCCUUUCCGGAGUGGGAUAAAGUAAAAGCACUCUUUGGUGCCCUACGGGCAAGAUAUAUUAGAAGACAAAUGCAUCUCAAACAGCGUAUGGCUGGCAAGAAAAAUCUCGACAACGAUGAGAAGAAACUAGAGACUGCUGAUUUUGACAUGGCGGAAGUUGUACGACCAAAAAGAUCGUGGGUUGGACAAGGAGCAACCUAUGCUAAUUCUGUGCGACAUGAUGACGGCGCAUCAACAAGUGGUUUGGAGAACGUAGCAAUUAGUGAAGGUGAGGAGAUUGUGGGUAAUGAUUUCGAACUGGAUGAUUUUGAAGAAGAAUCUCUCUAUAAUUUCAUGCAAAAUGCCGGAAAAGUUGCAAAUUUCAACCAGGUCUGCAAUACAAAUAACACUUCUAAUAGUGCAUUCCCCAGAAAUUCAUCAAAUGAAUUGGCACUUGCAUCUAAUUUUACAUCAGAAGCAACAGUUGUAGAAGAGCGGCAGCCUGAUGUUCGACAAAAUAUCCAGCAAGGGCAUAGUACUAUGGAUUCUGAUAAUUCCAAGGUAACUUAUGAAGUGCAGGAAGUAGAACGGGCAAUUGCCAGAGCAGGUGUACCACUUGAACGAAGCUUUCCAGAUCAACUGAAUCGACCACCAAUCUUGACACCAGCUCGUUCCAGUCCAUCAUCCAGCGUUCUUUCUGCUUCUGUAGAAGGCCUGUCAGACGUUGAAAAAAGAGCUGGACAUCCAAGAAAGAAGCGAAAGCGAUCGGAGGAUCCAAAACCAGGUCAAGAUUAUAUUACAUUUGUGUCUCCAGCUGGCGUUUUACCAUGCGCUGAAAAAAAGAAGAAAUACACUGAAGAGGAUGCGACGGAGAAACUAAAGAAAAUAGAAUUGUAUAUUGCCCAGUAUAAUGCACUAAGUGAUAAUAAAAUUGCCACAAUUCAUGUGAGUCGAGGCGGUGAUUUGAAAUUGCAUGGUAGUAAGUACAUCGUCGAUGCUUGUUUACACUCAUCCAUUAUUAGAGAUUUGAAAAAUAAGUGGAGAGAGCGGGAAGAGGUUGAUGAGGAAGGCGUCGAUGAUGAUGAGCUUGUUUCAAUUCCGUUGGUUAGAUGCUUACCAAACCUAGAAAUUAAUAUUGCCAGCACUUCUGAUGUACGUGCAAUGCUUAACAAAUUCUUGGAAGCAAUGCAUUACCCUUGGAAGCCAUGGUUUGGCGUAUCGCAUAAUCCAGAUUACUGGCCGCCGUCUGUUCCAUUUUACGAUCCGAAUAACGAUCUCCUUAGUUUAAGCAAUCUUAAACAACGAAAAGAAAUUGAAAAGCAUUCGAUUGUGGAUCUUGAAAGAGAUAUUCUGAAAUAUGCUUUCAAACAUUAUAUAAGCUUCAUGGAAUAUCAUUUUGGACUUUCUGGACCAGAUUAUGACGAAGACUCGCGGAAUAUUGAAGGAGAUACGAAUGUAGGUACACGAGUGGUGCGGCAAUGCACUAUUGGUGUAAAUGUCAAUUUGCUGUCAGAAGAAUCUUCAGCUGUUAUGGCAUCAGAAAUACAAAAGGUGGAAGCAGCAAAAAUACAGUCGGGUGAAGUUCAAGAGCCAGUUUCAUCUGUAGGCUUUACUUCCGGAACUCCUCAUUCAUCACCAGGUAAUGAAGCCGGUGAACAGUAUUCCGAUCCUGCAAUUUCUGCAGGUGAUGUUCCGGCUACUUCAACUUUUACCGCAAUACCUCUUUCCAAUGAAAGGAUUUUGGAAGAUCAGCUUUCACUUUUUCGGAAUUCAGUUUUACGAAUCCGUUACGAUCAAAUGGGUGCAGAUGUACGGAUGAUUUUUGAAUCAGUCAUAAAGAUUCAAAGUCAUUCAACGUGCAGAACUUUGGUGGUUUUCGCGGAUGAACGAAAUAAGCUGAGCUUAUCUGGUGACAAAACCCUGAUAUCGGCCUUUUUAAGUUCAAACAUACCUCAUUGUUUGCCUGCGGCUAUGAAUAACGGCUUUGAUAAUCAAGCCAUAACACUGCCUUUGCUUCAACUUUACGACGACACCGUUGUCGAUCGAAUGACUGAAGACCGUGCAUUAGAUUUGCUGGAUGAUAUGAUGAUGCACGUUAAUUUCCCAUGGACAGAUCCAUAUGAUGGCACUCAACCAGAUUGUUGGCCACCUGAAAUACCUUUCUGUUCGCCUUGGUCAAACAAUGGAAGAGGAAUAUUGAACCGACGAAUUGGCGCUAAUACUCCUGGUCAAGCUGCUAAAGUAGUUCUCAAAAGUGUUCGGUGGUUUUAUUCCGAAAUGCUGCUUGAGAAAUUGAAAUUACAAGAUGGUUUGAAAAGGAUUGCUCCAUCAUUAGCUGAACUGACACAUAAUCUUCUGCAAGAAAGAAGCAGUGCUUUGCAAACACCCAUUCCACGUCCAGCUUCUCAAGAAAUAACUCAGUUUCGUGUUCCUGGCAAAGUUGUAAAACGGAGUCCAUCUCAGCACUCUUACCGUUCGCAUUUACAAAUUGCAUCUCGUCAUUCUAGUUCAUCACAGGAAUUACGAAUGUAUGAUCAACCGCCGCCUGCACUACCGCCACCGCUAGAAGUACGGACUGACUUCACAUUGCAAGAUUUGCCUUACCGCGGCCAUACAGCUCCACUCAGUCCAUCACAGCAUUCGGUUUCAUCCCAGGAAACUGUUCCGUUUCGACUACCACCUCAUCAUCCGUUGGCAAAUGCACACCUUACUUUGCAGCAAAAUCCGGUUUCUGAAGAGCCUUAUGAUGCUCAAAACUAUGAAGCUCGUUCGGAAAGUUAUAUUAUAUCUGAUGAUCGUGGUAUUUCUGUGAUGACGCCUGCUGAAUCUUGCAUACUGCAGGAAGUGCCUUUUCAGAAUCCUAAAACAACAGUGCCAGCACACUCCCGUGUGUCGCCAUCAUCUCGAGACUUCAGAAUGCCGCGAAUUCCGUCUCAGCAAGUACUUACUCCUGAAGAUCGUGCAGCAAGUUGGACCUCACGUCAUUCUUCGGCCAGUUCUGGGUCGAGAUCUUCACAAAGUAAUAGAAGUUCACUUCACUCUAGUGUACAUUCUGAGUCACGUGGAUCAGUUGCAAGUGCAUCAUCGAAGUUUACUGCUCCGGGACAUUCCUAUCAAGUACCUGUAUACAACAAACCAAGCGCAGUAAGGUUGCAUAACAAGAAAGAGCAGCAGAAAUAUUCUAUGGCUGCCAAAUCUCAACAUAGUCCUUACGUAGUUGAAGAUUCUGCUACAGCGAGUAGGUUCCGAGACGAAAGCUCAUUUCGGACUGCAACCCCGCACUCCAGUUACUCUGAAUAUUCUAUUGCGUCGCGUGAUGUGCUUGUUCAGGGCUCAUUUAUUGACGAUGCAGUCAAUCCACAGCUUCAUUUUCAGCAAGCAGAACUGGCACGGAAUUUUGUAGCACCGCAGAAUCCACCCUUACAACAACAGGAGCAUCAACAAGAGAAAGAUUUUAUAAGGGUACUAUGUGCCUGUGAGCCAGGUUUGGAGUUGAAUGCGAAUGAUUGCGUACGAUGUAAUCGCUGCCAUAAAAAUUUUCAUUCUAAAUGUUUGCCGUUAAAACGGCGAGUUAGUAAUUACUAUUGUGCGUCUUGUUAUGAGAAAUGA